CUGGAGGUGGUGAUGUAAUAGGUAGCAAGCAGAUGGAUAUAAAUAUCGCGGCAAGGGGUAAUGUACUAUGGCUGAGCUGUUGGAGAAGAUCAACACAUCAGACAGGUCCACAGAAGCUAACGACAAGUUGAGAUCAAGUUCGAAUAAACUUUCCUUGAGUCAAGCCCCUUUUACAGAAGUCUCCAUGCAAGCAAAGAGAACAGACCACACCUCCUUUUGCAGCUAAGCAGUUGGUUUCUUUGAUCUAAGUAUAUGUGGAGAAGGAGUUGAGGUAUUUUUAGAGCAAUUGACUCCUUAAACCACGUGUGCCCACGUUGAUCAGGAUGACUGUUCAAUCUGCUCUUGUGCCAAUCCUGCUUCUGGGGCUUGUUUCGGGUUUGGUGCAUUGCAUUUCGCUCUCUGGGACCCAGCGAAAUGAAACCCUUGAUCACCGUUGGGAGACACUCUUCUCCAGAUCCAUGGCAAGGAUCCCAAGGGAGAGAAAAGACAUGAAUCGGGAAACUGACUAUUUGCUGGGCAUCAAGAGGCUGCGUCGUCUUUACUGCAAUGUGGGCAUCGGGUUUCAUAUCCAGGUUUUACCAGAUGGCAGAAUAAAUGGGAUGCACAAUGAAAAUCGAUACAGUAAGUAUUCAAUUUUGCAAAAUGUAGGUGUUUUUGGUGUUUGUUUUUUUUAAACACUGUUAUAUAUAUUGAACAAACAAAUCUGACAUUGAAUUCUACUGGGAGGUCGGGGACUCCCUUUUAUUAGUUAUAUACUGGCAUGUUCAUAUACAUACAUUUGUUUGCUAUUGCAAGAUAUGUUAAAAGACAUAUGUAAUAAGGUUUAUAUGGAAUAAUCUAGAUUCCACAGAUAACACAAUUUCUUAGAUACAAGGGUUAUCAUUUAAACUUUACGUUUAUGCUUAAAAGCCUCCUAGAAAUAAGUGCAGCAACAUUUUUGUUCAUUUUCUAUUUUUUCUUGCUGUACUACAUAGAUGUAUUUGUCAAAAGUGAUGUGAAAGCCUUUUAGCUCAAGUUAAAGUUUAUCAUGCCAAUUAAAUGAAGCUGUGACAGUGGCAGAAUUCUGUUCUGCUUGAUAGGACAAGCAGUUUGUAUUGAUGGAUUAGCGUCCUUGAAAUUGUGAUCUUUUCUUGUUUGUUUAAUAAAGCUUUGAUUAAAACAAUGCAGGAGAUCAUUUUAAACCUCUUGUUGAAGCAAUAAUUAUUUAGAUUGUUUUCAAGUGGUUCUCAUAAGGGCUUAUUGGAAGGGAUGAUUAUUUUUAAUACAGUACCCCUUAUUUAAACAGGGUUAUUUUUGACUGGUCAUUUAAAAAAAAAAAAAAAAAAAAAUUACUUUCUGCCCUUGGUUACAGUUCCAUAUUUUCUAAUUAAAUCAUGCUCAUAAAUAAAGAUGUAAAUUGUGAAAACAACAUGUCUUUCAGAUUUUGGUAUGAUACCUUACAUUUUGUAAAUAGUUUUUAAACUCACCACAGCUAAGCUAACGAUUAAACCCUGUAGUCGCCUCUAUUAUAAAUACACUAUAAAAUAGAUUUUAACAUAUAUGUAGCUUUUUUUUAAAUUAGGGUAUGUUGAUAUUUCUGCAAACUAUGUGUUUUAUCGGUGCUAUGCUUAAUCUGCAUCCAUGCACAUCAAUUUACAACAGUAAAAUAUCCUUUAACCCCUUAAGGACACAUGACAUGUGUGACAUGUCAUGAUUCCCUUUUAUUCCAGAAGUUUGGUCCUUAAGGGGUUAAAUCUGGAUAUCCGACAGAAAAGCAUUUGUUAGUGAUUUAACCCCUCGCCCUAUAGCGCUACUUGACCCACAACUGAAACAAGAAGAUUUAGCCUUAGACACUACAAUGACAAACGCCAUAGCAAGUCAACCUGAACUGACUUAAACUAAAGAAAAGGAAACAAAAUGUAAAAAACUGCAACAGAGUAGUAAAAAGAGUAUCAAGCAAAGAGGAUAAUUAAUUUAAGGGUUUAAAAUGUUUAACCCCUACAAGUUGCUGAAGAAGUUAUCCAAGAGAUUAAAAUCCUGUAGCCCUGAAAGUAGUGAUGCUGGCUAUCUUUGUAGUGUUGAUUACUGAGGUCACAUUUUAGGACAUAUAUGGUUGAUACCUGUGCUGCAUCACCAUGUCUUAUACAUAGUACAAAUAGUCUGUGUCAUGACAAACAGGCAAUGUGACAUCACAACCCUGCAGAGAAUGGCUAACAGGAAAGAGUAAUACAUAUUGCAACUGGAAGCUGAACGCUACACAAUUGUACACAUUUCACCUGUCUUGUAUUUAUUAAAUCAGCCCAAAUGUAUGAAAUGUUUAGUGUAAACCAACUUAUGUGCACUAAAAGAAAACUAAAUGUUUAUGCUUCUUGUAGUUAAAUGUGAUACAUCCUGCAUCAAACAAAUGAUAGAUAAUUCUGAUUUAGUUAUUUCAAACACAGCUGCAUUACAAAUAAGUGUUUUGUUUUUCGAAUAGAUAUAUUAUUUUGUAACCAAAUUAAGUUAUUUCAAUGCUUUCAUAUUAAAACACACCAGUGGUGAAUAUAGAGACAUGGUUAUUCAGGAAAAGUGUGAAUUGUUCCCACUUCAAAGUCAAUUCAAUGUUAAUUUAAAAUUUUAUACAAAUUGAAAUUCACUUUGAAUUCCUAACAAUUCACACUUUUAUGAAAAAGAAAAUAACAUAUAAAUAGCGAGUGAUGUCCUAUCAAUUUGAUGGAUUGCUUUUUAAAAACUAAGGACUAUUUGAACACUAUUUAAUAUGAUAAAAAAACGGUUUGUGUUAUAAAAGUGAUCUUUGCAUUUUAGGUUUGCUUGAAAUUUCACCAGUGGAAGUAGGAGUAGUAAGCCUGUAUGGUGUUAAAAGUGGACUUUUUGUAGCCAUGAACGGAAAAGGAAAACUAUAUGGAUCUGUAAGUAACACUUGAUAUCUACCUGUCAAUAUAAUGCUUUUAAAAUGAUGCAGUCAAAACAGUUACUUAACCCCUUACGGACCAAACUUCUGGAAUAAAAGGGAAUCAUGACAUGUCACACAUGUCAUGUGUCCAUAAGGGGUUAAAGUGAAAUGGGUGUAGAUCAUGUAUGCUCUGCAAAUAAAUGGACUCUCAAGUGUUUGUCCCUUUCAAUUGAUAGCAUUAUAGUGUUCAAAAUAAAACAAUAAUCCACAUCAGCCCUGGUGAUACCUAUUAAUUUGAUGUUUCCUACAGGUACUGCACUUACCUACUCCAUUGUGCACCUUGUUUGUGUGAGUAGUUAGAGCAAUCCUAAAUUCAGAGAAGUCUGGUUGAGAAUGAUGGAAGUUAUCUUGAAAGUUAUCUUGAAAGCCUGCCUGACCAUAAGUCCUCCUAACUCUAAACAUCUCGCAAACAGAGAUUUAAUAACACUAUGCUGUUUUUAAUGCACAUCAACAUUUUCAAAGUAAAUCCAAAGUUCUCCCCUCCAUCGCAAAUAAGUCAUGACAUACUGUUAUACAAGUUCUAAAAUGUCUGUAAAAUGUACAUAUGUUAUAUAAUUUACAUAAUACACCCCCUCUUUAAUUUUAAUCAUAAUGCUUUAUGUAAAAAGUGAGUUAACAAUUGCCAAGUUAAUAGAUUUAAAUCUAAAAUGCUACAGGCUAUGAAAACAAAUGUAAACAAAGGCUAAACGGAGUGACAAGGCACACAAAUAUAAUGCAAGCAUUUCCCUGGCAGAGAUCUGAAACUACAUAUAGUAUACAUAGCAAUGUGGGACUGGCAAUGUGCUGUGCUACAUUGUAUAAAGGGAUUUUUAGCAAGCUACAGAUCGCAUGCUUUGAAGUGCAUACCAUUCUUUGCAUUGUGAGUGAAGACAUUUAAUUAAAGCCUUCUCCGCUGUAAAAUCAAAUCAUUCCUCUUUGGACCACCCAUGUAGCAAAUCACACCUAACAGUGAUGUCAUCAUUUAGCAUUUAUUUGCUGAUCAAUUAAAUAUAUUUAAUUAUUUCUUUAUAAAACCUUAAAUAUUAGUUUAGCAUUCUAUCCAAUGCAUGGAUUUCCCAAGUCAUAAUAUAUUGUUUUUGCCUAAAUAUUACUGUCAUAACAUGCUUGGUAUGACUGUGCCACCUGUGUAAAAAUAGUUAUUCCCUCUCUGCCAUUUUACAGGAGUUAACAGAUGCCAUCUGAUAUAUGUUUCACAAGGAAAAGGAUAUCAAAACAUGCAUUGCAGGUCACUUCCAGGUGUAGAGGAAUUAAGAUGUCACUGUUGCACAUGGCAAAGUGAUUAUACCUGCCUUUUAUCUACUUAUAAAUUGCAUGUGAAAUAAUCCUACCGCCAAUGCCUGGAGCUAAUUGCUAGAACCAUUGAAAGAUUAAAAUUAUUCUAAGAGAUGUAACUGACAACAGUGGUUCUUGUACAGGUGCAGUGAGGUGUAUUUUUAAUGUAAUCUCUACUUUUGUUAUGCUCAGAUAGUCAUCAAAGCUUUUCCCGGAUUAACAUCUGUUUCAAAAUGUGGAACUUCAAACUUUACACUAAAAUAUUAUCUAAUUUAGCUAGGUCCACAGGCCUUAGGCAAUGUAUCUUGUAUAAAAAGUGCUGGUCCUGCACAUUCUGGAUUCCAUUAGAGGUCUAGAGUCCAGUAGCAUUUUGUCUCUUAAAGGGACACUAUAGGCACCCAGACCACUUUAGCUCAUUGAAGUGGUUUUAGUGCUAUAUCUCAGUCCCCCUUAGUCCUGCAAUGUAAAUCAUUUCAGAAACUGCAAUAAUUACAUUGCAGAACAAAGACUGCCUCUAGUCGCUGUUAAUCAGACAGCCACUAGAGGCACUUCCUGCUUGCUAGGCAACUUCUGAUUGCCUAGCUGAUGCUGGAUGUCCUCACGCUCUGGAUGAGGACAUCCAGCAUCAGUAAAAUCUCCAUUGGCAUUAGCCCCCCAUGUCUCUUAUUGGAUGACAUAGGAGUAGGCAGAUCAAUGACCCAGCGCCGAGGGAGAUCGGCAUUGGAAUCAGGUGAGUACAGCUUGCUGUUUUUUAAAUCCGUUCAAUGCCAGAUGAGGCAAUGGUGUGGGGGAUGGCUGAGGCACCUAUAGUUUAUGGAAUACAACUUUGUAUUGCUUACACUAUAUAAUACCUUUAAUUUGGGGACUUACAAAUAUUUGAAGAGUUUAUGAGUCAAUCAGAUAUAUUCAUUGUUCAGUCUGAUUUUUAUUUAGGAGAAGAAAAAUAGCUAGGGUCCCUAAAGAGCAUUUAGCGGAACACUCCAUAAGUAGUGAAAUAUUUUGACUUCUUAAAUUGUUCCCUGACUCCACUACAGCUACAGGAGAGCUCUCUGAAUAUAAAAGCUUUUUUUCAGAGACUCUGUUUCUGCGCUAGGCCACGCAAUGAAGGGCAAGGCACACUGACUGAGAAUUAUUAGCUGAUGCUCUCCUGUAGUUGUAGUGGGGGCAGAGGGUGCCUCAGGUACGGUAAAUAGUUAAAUCACUCUAAAAUAGUUUGACCGCUUACAAUAGGAGGUGCAAGAGCACUCCUGGCACCAUAAUCACUACACCACACUGUGUUUCUUUUAUUUUAAAAUACCAUAGAUAUUGGUGGUAUGUCUGUUUCCUAUCUAAGAAUAUUGGUUAUACCAUGCCUGUCCUCUAUCCUGUGGCUCAGCUAAUGCAGAUAUGACCUUGUCAUUAUCUGCUCAAAUUUGAAUAGCACAGAUUGGAUGAGAGUUCUAGGCUAAUCCACUUCAAGCCCUUGCAGCCUGCAAUUUCAUCCAAUAUUGGACAGCUAAGGCAGAAGUUUACUAACACUUGAAGAGUGUCUGCACCAUAAUCACUACUAGCACUGGUUAUAGGGUUAUCAUUUCCAUUAAGACUGGAGUCAACUGUUCAGAGCCCUGAAGUGCAUUAGUGGCAUACUUUGGAGAUCACAACACACCAAUGUGCUAUACGACAUUAGUUGAAAACCAUUGGUCUAAUUAAUAUAGCAGUUCUCUUGAAAGAUCCUCUAAACUUUUAUCUUUCCUCUUUAUAACAUAUUUUAACAUGAUUUGUAAGAGUUUUAGAAACUCUUACAAAGUUAUCAUUUCCAUUAAGACUGGAUGCAACUGUUCAGAGCCCUGAAGUGCAUUAGUGGCAUACUUUGGAGAUCACAACACACCAAUGUGCUAUAGGAUAUAAGUUGAAAACCAUUGGUCUAAUUAAUAUAGCAGUUCUCUUUAAAGAUCCUCUAAACUUUUAUCUUUCCUCUUUAUAACAUAUUUUAACAUGAUUUGUAAGAGUUUUAGAAAUCAUCCUUCAUUGGCUUCCUGCCUCACCUUCAUCUAGUAAAGGGGAUUCUUUGACACAAAUAGCUGCAACAUAAUAGAUAGAAUUACAGCUCACAUAAAGGAAAGUCUCAUCUACUUCUGUCAAACCACUUCAAACAUUAGUGACUAGACAUUUCCUUUUGAACUUAGUAUAUAUUGGUGAUGUCUGAACAGUGUUUAAGAUCUGGAUGAAAUUGUCUGAUAAGUGUUUGUUUUUAGAAAGGAACAUAUCUUCUGGGGUGUAAAAAAAAAACAGUAACCAUUGAAAAAAUCAUAUUUUAGCAAUACCACAAAGCAUGAAUUGGCUCACAUGUUUAUUCACAAAAGGCUGAAAUGUUGGGAAUUCCAAGUGAAUUUAAAAUUUGAGAGUAAUAUAGCCAAACUGGCAAGGAUAAUUUUACUAUUUUAGUCUACAGAUUGAAAUUCACUCAAAUGUCCUUCAUAUAGUAAAUAACUCUGAAUGUCACUUUGCUGCUUCACCUGUGUUACAUGUUAAAGAGUAUCUGAAACAUGGCUUAAUUCUGAAAGCAUGGCAUGCCCUGGGACAAAUGAAAUUUAAAUUAUAAAUCUUUAAUUUAAAAGUAAACAUUUGAAACAAAUUAAGAUUUCUGUCUGAAAUAAAAAUUAUGUCAGUAACAAAAAAAUAUGUUUUCUUCUUGAAUGGUGGUGUUUAAUAUUGCUUUUUAUUUUCUUCUGCCCUAAAGAGAUAUUUCAACGAGGAAUGCAAAUUCAAGGAGACACUCCUACCAAACAAUUACAAUGCCUAUGAAUCCAGAAGAUAUCCUGGAAUGUACAUAGCUCUCAAUAAAAAUGGAAGGACAAAAAAAGGCAACAGAGUUUCCCCAACAAUGACAUUGACACAUUUCCUGCCUCGGAUCUGACAUUUUUGGGCUAAUCCCUUGAUCGGUGUGGGAAGAGAGAAUGCACUGCACUUUCAAAACAGUUUACUGCAAGAGCUGGUGUAACAUAUCUAAGUUAAUAAUUUAAGUUUGUAUAUAUAGUUCAAGGAAAGUUUAUUUAUAGUUGUUUUUUUUUUUGUUGUUAAUGCUAUUCUGUUCCUUUUCUAGAACAGAGCAUCCAUCCCUUAUAGGUUUUGCUUAGUGUAUUAACUCACAAACUGCUGGAUAGGGCUACAACAUGUUGCUAUGCAAUGUACAGUUAGCCGUAGCAGGAAAAACAUAAUUAACCCUUGCUGAGCUGCUAUUCAUUUCUCACACAGUUUGUACUGUUUACAAGCUGCCCAGAAGCAGCAGAUAAGAUGAAACAAGUGUUAGAGUGAUGCUUACUCUACUCUUUUACUGUUAAAAUGAAGCAGUGUCAGUUUUCUUCUGGUACAGAAAGUGCAGUGCAAGAGGUGUCCUCCCAAAAUCUGUUUUUAGAUCUGUCACUGUUGAACUCUGAACUUUGCUGCAGUCAAUCUUUGCUGUGUCUCCACAGAGCAAAUGUCUUUUAACCCAUUCAAUGCCAAAGGGUCUGGCACUUAACAGGCCAACAGACUGACAUCACGACAACAAAGUGACAUUAGUGCUCUGAAGUCAAAGAAAGCCUUUCUUUCAAACAAAUAUUUCAACGUAACAAGCCAGGACGUCAUCUACACUACAAUGUAUCUAAUUUAAAAAAUGAAUAUCACUUUCAGUCUGAAAAAAACAGCAGGAUAAUCAUUUAUUGGAGGGGGGAAAAAGUUAUUUUGGCUAACGUAUGUGAUAUGUGCUCCGGUAUGUUUUGUCUACAUACUGCUACACAAACAUCGUUAUUUGCAGACCUGAUAAUGUCUCACAAUAGAGGAUUGAAUCGCCCAGCUGUACAUGUGGAGGAAACAAAAUGCUUUUUCAAAUGGGAGAAUGCUGCUGUUUUCGUUUGCUCAUUCCCAUUACAGUUUUUGUUCACGUCUACCUCAGUAUCAAUGCACAUCUCCCAGUAGAAGUGGUACUGUUUUAAGUGUGCCUUGGAUUUGCAGCAGAAUGUGUACUGCUUUAAUAGAGCCUCAAGACUGUGUAUUUUCCCAUAUGUGGCCAAAUAUAUUCUAGGUAGAAGCGAGUGCUGUCUAUUUCAGCCUGGUCACGUUUGAGCUAUCUUUACCCUGUGGCUUACUUUUAGUAAGGGUAAUCAUGGUAAAAAUAUUUGCAGGCAGCUGUUGAGCUGCACUAUAUGGUCAUCAAGUAACCCUAUAUUUUUUCACUAUAUGCUUUGCUAUCAUGGCCCAUGUUAUUGAGGAAUGAAGCAUUCAUAAAAUCAAACCGCCUUAAACUGCUACCAGCAUGAGAAUAGCUUUUUUAUAAUCCCUUCAAUCCUGAAGGGGUUUAUGUAUCUGUCCUGAACGUUUUUAUAUCAUUUGUCACCAUGACAAGAUCCAUAUGUAAGAUAUGCUACUUUGUUGCUAAAUUCUUUUCUACAUUCCGCUUAAAUCUUUCUUCCAAUAACUGAACCCACAGUUUAUUUUUUGUGACACUGCCGUUUACAGCAUGUGGUGAGAUUUAGAGCUACAAUUCUUUCAGUUUACAAUUUAACAUUUCUGUCUGUCUCUCCGCUAAUUGUUUCUAAAUGAAAACCGUUAAUGCUUUUAUCUCUAACAUAUUGCAAAAUCUAAAUCAGGUCUGCCUUCAGUGGGGGAAGGCAAUGCUGCCAUACUAAACCCCAAUAUUUUAGUAACCCCAGAAAUCAGAUCAAUGUGCCAGUAUUGGGUUCUGUUUUUUCUUGCCCCAGUCUUAAUCUAAAGGAUACAAGUUAUGUUGGGUGAAUUGCUGUUAAUUGGGAUUCUUAUAAAUAAAACAUUAUUUACAGGUUAAAACUGCACUUAGGUGCAGAUACAGGAUUAACCCUUCAAGGGGGAGUGGUUUACAAUAUUCCAUAAUUUGUCUGUAGUUUUAUACAGGUGCUCAUCAAUAUCUUGAUGUAUGUGCUGUGCACAACUGAUGCAUAAUAAAUAAUAAAAUGUUUACACUG